CCUCUGUGUGUCGUUGAGGCGAAAGGAGGGUGUCGUGAGAGCGCACCGAGCACGUGUUGCCGUUGCCAACGAAGCGUAACCAACCAAGCGCCACCACCGAAGGACCGCAUUGGUAACCAUGGCGCCUUUCGCGUAGCCUAAAACAAAAACAAACCGCACCGUUUGUUUGGAGGCGAUGUUGAUUCAUCACCAGUUAGCGUCCUGUGAUUGCAGUGCAGUAGUGCUCACUUUCCCCGAAUCUUGGUGAUGUCCUUUCGGCAUCCGCGCGAAAAUAAUGGUGCGGUGACCCAAAAUGACCCAGUAGAGUCCAAUCCGAUUACGAGUAUUGAUGAGCUGUACCGCAGUAUCCAGCGGGAGAUUCAGAGCUAUCGGGAGGAACACAACUCGAUUAGAGCGGAUUUAAGGCGAUUAAUUCAGAGCAAUCAAGCGUUUGGUGGUGCGGGGGCAGAGGUAGUGGACAACGGAUGUGUCGGUUUUGAUCCCGAAAAUUAUAAUAGGAUAUCGAAUGAAGUGAUAGGUAACUUGAAGAAUCAACUGGAAAUUGUGUCAGAGGAAAAGAAUACACUGGAAAGCCUCUGGAAGAGCUCUCAGAAGACAAUCCAAAUACUGGAGCUGGAAAUAGGCGAAUAUCGGCGACAGUUGCGGCAACCGAGCGACAACCGGCUGCAGAACCUCCGGCAGCAGUACACGGCCGCCCUGCAGUUGCUGGAACAGAAUUUGCUUUCGCUGCGCACGAAACUCGCCGAACGCACGGAGGAAAAUAAACGCCUGCAGGUAGCCAGCGCAGCGGAACAGGAAAAACUGCGCGCCGCCGAGCGGGAUUUGGCCGCCCUUCAAGCGGAACACCAGAAGCUGCAGUCCACCGUUGAGGAACGACACUCGCUGGAAUCGCGUCUCGGCACUGAUCUGGAACGAACCAUGCGGGAAAAAGCCGAGCUUGAGGUGCUUCUGGAUCAGGCCAACGCUUUGGCCCGGCAACAUAUGAGCCGGGAGAAUCAAGCUCUAAUCAAAGUGCAGGAAGCCCUGCAGAUUGCCGAUACGGCCAUCGAGGAGAAAAACUCGGUAGCGGCGCGGGAAAAAGGCGUCCGGGAGGAGUGCGAUUUUCUCGCCACCACCAUUGGACAGGUGAUGGAACAGGCGGCCCAGAGGGUGGAACAGGAAAUGAACGCGCUCCGACUGGGUUACCAAAGUAGGAUUAGUGCCCUGGAGCGGCAGCUGGAGCAGAUGAAGGGUUCGCUCGAGCAGCAGCGGGACAAAACCAAUCAAUCGGAGAGCCGAGCACGGGCUUUGGAGGACAAGUUCAAGGGAUUGAUUGUGACGAACCAGAACCUGGACGCGGAUCUCCAUGCUGCCUCCAAGCUGAUAAUCGAGAUGGAAUUGAAAUUGGAAGCUUUCCAGAAAACGAUGACGAAGGAACGCGAAAUCAGCAAGACCAGCCAAGCCCGGGAGCAGGACCUGAACCGACUGCUGCAGACGAACGAACAGCUCAAGGACCGCUGGAAGAGCGAAAUGCUGACACUGACCGAUGGAUUGCACCGGAAGUUGGAAGCGCUCCGGCGGGAAAAUUGCAUGCUCAAGGCGGAAAACAAUCAAUUAAGGGAUCAGCAGCUACUGGCGAGGGGAACAGUGGGAUCACCAAGCGGGGCGGGAGCAGAUCCAACCGAGUUUGUACUGAGGACAACCAAACUACCACCGGCGCUGGUGCCCCCGAGUUCGGUGAGUGGUUCUGUUUCCGGACCCGGUGGUGGGGUCAAUUGAAUACGAAGGAAUUGCAUUAUCAUCAUCAGCAAUCACCGUCGAGGACGACGUGGAAGGAGGUCGUUGUUGCAUCGUAGACUACUCUGCUGGUGCUAUUUUGUGUUACAAGGAUGGAUUCCGUGUCCUGAAUAGGAAUGAGAUAUGAGGGUUUUCUUAUUUUACAGUGAUUGAUAAUGGAGAAAGUGAGGUGGAGAUAAUAAAGACUGAUUUUUUUUUUCGUAAA